ACAGACAUAAAGGUUCACAUUUGGCUGAUCUCAGAAGAGUGAUCUGAACUACAGAGGAAAGAUCAAGUAGCGAACCAACCAAAGAGAGAAUUUCCUUUCGGAUUGAGAAACAAGGAUGUCCAGCACAGUGAUGCCCGUUGGCUCUUCAACCUUCAUCAUUCAGCUUCAACCAGCAGCUCAAACUCCAGCUGGACAUGCGAAUGUCCCCGUUAGUCUACAGCAGCUAGCGGGAGCUCCAUCUCUCACUGAACUAAAGGCAUUUCUGAAAAGCCAACCUAAAGCCCUUGGGACUGUCCAGAUAAUGAUUGGUUUGUUGACUCUCCUGUUCGGCAUUGUGUCUGCAAUUUAUGUCAACUCUCCUUUUGCAAGUCUUGGUUGUCCUUUCUGGGGAUCUGUCAUUUACAUUAGCACAGGCUCACUCUGCAUUGCUGCAGAAAACAGACUCAAUUCCCCCUCCAGUUUGUGUUUGGUGAAAGGUUCACUUGGAAUGAACAUCAUCAGUGCUAUUAUUGCAGGCUUUUCCAUUAUACUAUUGGUAGUGGAUUUGUCAGUGAAUUCAAUGUACAGUUUUUUUGACUAUUCUGUCCAUUACGACUACCAAUUCCGCUAUUUGUAUCGGACUCUUUCCAUGGGAAUCAGUGGUGUGUUGUUGGUGUUCGCCAUCCUUGAGUGUAUCAUCUCCAUUUUUCUGUCAGCGUCUGCCUGUAAAGCCACCUGCUGCUCUCCUCAGGUGCAGUUUAUAUCACAAGUUAUAACUUCACAGACCCAUCUCCAUGACAGCUCAGAGAUUGCUGUGAUCAGCAACCCUGCAACUCAUCCUGCAGAAAGUGCCCCAAUAUACAGUAACUGUGAAUGAGAAUGACUAAAAAGGGGACAAUUUUUGAUUCUAAAUUUGUGUGUCAUGCUUUCACAAGACUGCCACGUACGAUUAAUCAAAAUUAAAAUUAAAUUGUAAUGACUUGAAUUUGCGAUUGGAUAAUUCCAAGCAUGCAAAAUGAAUGCAAUAUAAAUAAAUGUAUACUGUGUCCAAGAGCAAAUGCAUGGCUGUCCUCUUUCUUUGACGUACUUACACUGGAAAAAAUGUGUCUUGUUUCUAGUACAAUUAUCUACAAGUUCUUUAAGGACACCUAUUUUACCCCCUUUUCAUGAUUUAAUAAAAGACUUUUGUGUCUCCAAAAUGUGUCUGUAAAGUUUCAGCUCAAAAC